GGCCAAAAGCAUUUAGUUGUGCUGUAUGUACCAUGCCGAGCAGACCGUUAAGCUAGAAAUCCGUAUGUGAAAGUCCGUCGUGGUUGUACGUGCUGUGUACGAGUAGGAAGUGUAAAUAGACCGUUAUGGAGUCCUUACUGAUUGUCAUUCUUGCACUUGGAUUAUUCCAUGGAGAAGCUCUUGGCUAUCCCACCAAAGAUGAGUCCGAUGUGAUGAUUAUUGCCCUUGAAAAUGAGGAUAUGAAACCAACUAUAUUAGACUGUGAAUACGAGAUCGAAGAUGAUCCAAUGUUCCUCACCUUAAAGUGGUUUAGGGACGACAAGACCAUCUAUCAGUGGAUUCGCGGACAACAACCAGCUCCAAUCCCUGAAUAUAAAAAUGAGAUUGAUAGUUCCUAUGAGAGCUCCACAGAUCCCAACAAACAGUACAGUUCACUGGCUCUGAUUAAUCCCACAAUCAGUGCUACUGGCGACUAUAAGUGUGUGGUCCAAACAAAUGCAAAUACUUUCAUCAAUCACCAAAGAGUUCAAGUCAUUGACACAAGGAACUACACCUUGCAGCUGAACCAAGUCAAAAUCCACAACGAGACGCAACUGGAGUGCGUCGUGACCAAUAUUUAUCCCAGACCCAUCCUUACAAUAAUGUCUAAUGAUGAGGAUGUUAUCAUGAAAGAUAUACCUCGUGUCCAGGAGGACGAAGAUGGUUACUUCAAUGCCACUACCGUUGUGGCGGUAUACGAUACCGACGAAGAUCCCGACGCCUACCAGUGCACGGUAUCCUUUGAGGGCUAUGCCAAGAAUCUAACCACUUUCACAAUAUCGGGAUCUGCGGGUAUCAGUCAUGUGGAUUUUAAUCUGUGGUUGUUUUGCUUUCUGUACUAUCUGCUUUCUAAAUUGAAAGUCUUAAUUUAAAUAAACCAGUUGUUGAUUUUUAUUGUUACUAAAAUUAUGUUUAUUAUAUUCUGUUUGCCAUCGAACGCUCCUUGUCGGCGUAGCUAUCCAUUUUGUAAAUAAAAACGAAUACUUCAUAAAACCAA